GGGUGGCAGAACGACCGGCGUUUCAGCGGGUAUCGGUAGUCGCGAGACGAGUCAGUCGGUGACGGGUUGCGUUCGUCUUGUGCGGCGUAGUGAACAGUUUCGGUCGUCUCUCCUCCCCCCUCUUGUGUUCAAAAAUGAGCUGGCAGGAUUACGUUGAUAAGCAGCUGCUUGCGUCUAGGUGUGUUACCAAAGCGGCGAUCGCCGGACACGAUGGCAACGUGUGGGCGAAAUCCGAUGGCUUCGAAGUAAGUAAAGAAGAGCUCGCGAAAUUAGUCCAGAGCUUCGAGGAGCAGGACAUCCUGACGUCGUCGGGGGUUACCUUAGCCGGUAGCAGGUACAUCUACCUGUCGGGCACGGACCGUGUGAUAAGGGCAAAACUCGGCAAAGUUGGCGUGCACUGCAUGAAGACGACGCAGGCCGUAGUUGUCUCCCUAUACGAGGACCCCAUACAGCCACAACAAGCUGCAUCUGUCGUUGAAAAACUGGGCGAGUACCUCGUGUCCUGCGGCUAUUAGUAACCUCUGGGACCCAACACAAAAUAUCUAAUAUUAAUAAUAAACGAUACAGUCGAUUAUUUUAAUGAAACAGCGAAUGGAAUGCGCCAUGCCGCACGAGUCGCGCCGGAACUGCCGCAAGCCUGCCGCGCGGCCCCACGAUGAGAAGCAACAACUACAUCAACAACAACUACAACAACAACAACAAUACAACCACUACUACAACCGCAACUACCAUUCACCACCACCACCUCCAAAAAUCAUCAUUCUCUCCUCUUCGGCUCUUUGACGCGACCUGAGAAACGGGGGAAGAAGGCAAGCAAGCAAGCGCGCGCGCGUUCGCAAAAGGAAUCCACACGCACGCACAUACGUAGCCACGUACCCUCUCUUCUUGCCAUCCUUUUUCCCUUUUCUCUCUCUCUCUCUCUCUCUCUCUCUCUUCCCCUCCCUUCGUCCUUCCUCUCGCCGCCACCAUCUCUACAUAUACACAUAACACACACAUACGCGCGCGCACGCAUCAACCGCGUUCUCGCGAGCGAUGGAACACGUAUACGUACUUAAGCAUCUGCGCGUUGUACGCGGGUACAUCCUUCGAGAGAGACUGCUUUCGGCGGACACUUUCCUCUCUCGAUGCGCGUCUUCUUUCUCUCUCUUUCUCUCUCUCUCGGAGCUCAGUCGACGGUUCGACGAGGGAACUCAACUUCUGGAAAUUAAUAAAAAAAGGACAAAAAACAAGCUUCCUCGUCGGACUGCCGGAGCUGUGCUCCGAGCGUAUCGAGAGAGAAAAGCGCCCUAAGUCGACCCCGUGCCGGGAAACAACCAAGGUGUGUGUACUCGUCGUGCGACGCGUGACGCGCGUCCGAAGAACGCGGGGAACGACGUCGUCGUCGUCGUCGACCGGCGGACACCGAAGGUGCGCCACAAUGUGACUGUCACAUCAGCUCUCUACGCGACUAGGCCUUCGCUACGACGACGCGAGGCGGCGAUUUUCCGCGGGCGCGUCGCGAGAGCGAAGUCGUCGCGACGGAAGUCUGCGAGCGGCGGGAAACGGCGCGCGCGUCGUUGCUUCAUCGCCGGCGUCGAGAAACAUGCGCGUUGUGCGGCGUAGAUGCGCGCGAGACGCGUCGCUUCCGCGAGAAUCGGCUCCGAUCCGGAACUCGAGGAAAACCUUCCCUCGAGCGCGGAAGCGACCGGUCUCGAAUCACGUACCUGUGUCGACGCGGGAUAUCGCGCACGUAGCUUCGAUAAAUAUGUGUAAAUCAUAUAACGCUUGUUGGAGCUACGUGCGCGGUACGCCGACAUCGUCACGGCGCGGUUCUGAGAAAAACACACACACGCGUACGCUCGCUUUUCAUUUCGAACACACACACACACUCGCACGAAACGACGAAUCACACGCAUCGACGAUGUCAGAGGGAUCGACGAAUAUUGGGGAGAGAAGAAGGGAGAGAGAGAGAGAGAGAGAGAGAGAGAGAGAGAGAGAGAGAGA